AUGAAGAAUACUUCCCCUGGGACCUAUCCCAGGUCCGAUAUCAGGGUUAACCUGAAGGAUCACUAUGGCUCCAAGGUGUUUACCUCUGGCUCAUCGGUGGUUGGCGAGGUUACCAUCACCACCAGGCGAAAUGUCCCCUUCGACGCGAUCCAAAUCGUCCUUGUCGGACACACCAAGACCAGUUUCGAUGGAUGGGGCCUGCCGCAGGAAGUCACGCACACCUUCUUGAAGAUGGCCAUGCCGAUCGAGGAACCCGUGCCCAGGGUGCUCGAGUCUGGCCACACCUAUGUGUUCCCCUUCAACUUCACCAUCCCCAGCCAACUGACCAUCAACGCCUGCAACCACGCCCGGCUUUCGGAUCAGUUACAGGACCACCACCUUGCCCUCCCUCCCAGUGUCGGCGGCUGGGAAAGAGACGACAUGGGCCCGCUCAUGGUCCGGGCAGAGUACAUCAUCAAGGCGCGGGUGCUGAAGGACGAGCCCGACGGAAAGAAGACGCGCAUCAUGGAAGCAACUCAGCCGAUCCAGGUGCUGCCGGCAACCGCAGAGGAGCCCCCGCUCAACGUCACCGAUAACGACCACCUCUACGCCAUGUCCAAAACCAAGACGCUCCGCAGACACAUCAUUUCAACCAAGCUCGGCCGCCUGACCGCCGAAGCCGUCCAGCCCGGUGCCGCCGUGCUCUCAUCCGACGGGCGCCGCGUCGUGUCCCAUCCUACAGCCCACAUCAAGCUAGACUUUGAACCCGAAUCAUCCUCCUCCUCCUCCUCCUCGCACACCCCGACACCUCCGCAGAUCACCGGCGUGACCGGCAAGAUCACCGCACACACCUUCUUCAGCUCCGGCCCCAUCUCCGACUUCCCCAACCUGGGCGAGUGGAACCAGCCGUGCGCGAUUGACAAGCGCGGGCAGUACUUCGCGUCAACUCCCCUGCCGGGCAUCUCAUUUAGCCAGCAGCCCGCUUGGUCAACGCACACUCUCUCCACAGCAACAGCAACAACAACACCAGAAAACAUUCCCAUUGUGAGGCGUGACUCGGGCUACUGUGGGAGCAGCACCAGCGAUCUCGGCGAGUCAGACACAGAGAGGAAGAAGAAGAAGCAGCAAAAAAAGCACAGCAGAAAGCCAUCGUCCUCAUCAACCACAACCACAUCCUCCUCCGUGCCCAUCUCCCUGCCCACAGACAAGAAAACCUUCCUCCCGACCUUCCACUCAUGCAUCGCCUCGCGCGUCUACACCCUGCAGCUUUCCCUCGCCGUCACGGUGCGCGGGUCGACAAACAACCUUACCCUGUCGCUGCCUUUGCAGGUGGCCGUCGAGGGUGGCGCAACCAUGACACCCGGCCAAGAGGGCGGUGGUAUUACCAAUGCUGCUGCUGCUGGUGGUGAUCUGGAUGGAUUGCCCAGCUUUGAGGAGGCCGCCGCCGACGAGCAUCUUCGUCCUAGGGUUCUACAUGUCCCUGGCGAGGAUGAUAUGGCUAGGGGGUUUGUUAGUGGUGGGAGUCGAACUGUGUUGAGUGCAGUGACUGCUGCUGCCGCUGGAGGGAGGGAUGAGUUGCCUGGGUAUGCGGAGUUAGGGUAUCGGAGGGCUGAUUGAUUGCCUACCUGGUAUGCUUUCCGUGGGCUGAUAUACUACCUUUUCCUCCUUCUUCUUUUUCCUUUCUCCUUUCGCUUUUCCAUCUACACUGUGAUCAAGCGUCGUUCCAUAUUUCAUCUCAUGAUUGGAUUCUAGUACUAACAUAUUGGAUGGACCAUUGAUGGUGUUUUUACACUACUAAUACUGGAUGGAGACCAAAAAGGGGCACACAGGAAAAGUUCAGGGCAACAUUCAGCUGGAUACCCAGUAGCUGGCGUUGGUUCUUUUAUGUUUUAUGUAUUUUGCGAAGGGCUGGCUUUGAUAUAGACAGGAAGUAGUACAUACGGUAGAGGUAUCCUUCCAGUUGAAUUUUUUAGUACGAGAAAACAGCCUCCGC